AUGAGGAGGGCCGUGGAGAGGGCCAUAGGGAGGGCCAUGGGGAGGGCCAUAGGGAGGGCCAUGGGGAGGGCCAUAGGGAUGGCCGUGAGGAGGGACAUGGGGAGGGCCAUAGGGAUGGCCGUGAGGAGGGACGGCCGUGAGGAGGGCCGUGAGGAGGGACAUGGGGAGGGCCGUGAGGAGGGACAUGGGGAGGGCCAUAGGGAGGGCCGUGAGGAGGGACAUGGGGAGGGCCAUAAGGAGGGCCGUGAGGAGGGACAUGGGGAGGGCCGUGGGGAGGGCCAUAGGGAGGGCCGUGAGGAGGGACAUGGGGAGGACCAUAGGGAUGGCCGUGAGGAGGGACAUGGGGAGGGCCGACGGUCUCUGCUGUCCUCUGGUGACAGGUGUAACCAUGACAACCUGAGUGUCCUUAAUGUCUCUAGGACGGUCUCUCUGCUGUCCUCUGGUUGUCAGAGUGACUUCUGGGGCCCCCACUGCAGUAACCGGUGCCAGUGUCAAAACGAGGGCAAGUGUAACCCCAUCACGGGGGCGUGUGUGUGUACAGACGGGUACCAGGGUUGGCGCUGCGAAGAGCCCUGUGAACCUGGGUACUAUGGCAAGGCCUGCCAUCUCAUCUGCCAGUGUCUCAACGGAGCCACCUGCCAUCAUCAGACUGGAGACUGCAUCUGUUCUCUGGGAUACUCUGGAGCCUUCUGUGGAGAGCGGUGUCCCAGUGGUAGUCAUGGACAACAGUGUGAUCAGAGCUGUUCCUGUCAGAACGGAGGAUCCUGUCAUCACGUCAGUGGAGAGUGUUCCUGUCUCGCUGGAUGGACGGGCUCAGUGUGUGCCCAGCCGUGCCAAGUGGGCAAGUAUGGCAUCAACUGCAGCAAGGACUGUUCCUGCCUUAACGGUGGACUGUGUGACCAUGUCACUGGUCAGUGCCAGUGUACCCCAGGUUACAGUGGACGGAGAUGCCAGGAGGAGUGUCCGGUGGGGUGGUACGGUCCUCAGUGCAGCCUGCGUUGUGACUGUCAGAACGGUGCUAAGUGUUACCAUAUCAACGGGGCGUGUCUCUGUGACACAGGCUUUAAAGGACCUCACUGUCAGGAGAGGUUCUGUCCCCCAGGCCUGUACGGACUCAUCUGUGACAAGUACUGUCCCUGUAACGCCUCCAACACUGUCAGCUGUCACCCCCUGUCAGGUGAGUGCAGCUGUACAGCAGGAUGGGCGGGGCUCUACUGCAACGAGACCUGUCCACCUGGUUACCACGGCGACGGAUGCAGGUUGCCAUGCAGCUGUUCCCACGGGGCCGACUGUCACGGAGUCACUGGGGCCUGCGUCUGUGCCCCUGGUUACAUGGGAGAUGACUGCUCUUCUCUAUGUCCUCCGGGGCUAUACGGUCCUAGUUGCUCCUCUACCUGCUCCUGUCAUAACCACGCCCCCUGCUCCCCCAUCGAUGGAUCCUGUAGCUGCAGAGAAGGUUGGCAGGGAGUGGACUGCUCUACUCUGUGCUCCAGUGGUAGCUGGGGUCUGGGCUGUAAUCAGAGCUGUCUGUGUGCCAACGGCGCAGCCUGUGACCCCAUGGAUGGUGUCUGUACCUGCUCCCCAGGCUGGAGAGGGGAGCACUGCCUCCUACCCUGUCCUGGUGGAAUGUACGGUCUGGAGUGUCGUGGGCGUUGUGACUGUAGUCAUGGCGAUGGCUGUGACCACGUCACCGGCUUCUGUCGCUGCCUCGCUGGAUGGACAGGUAUCCGGUGUGACAGUGUGUGUCCUCAGGGGUUGUGGGGUCCAAACUGCUCCGUCACCUGCUCCUGUCAGAAUAGAGGAUCCUGCUCACCUGAGGAUGGUACCUGUGUCUGUUCCCCGGGUUACAGAGGGACCUCCUGCAAGAGAGUCUGUUCUCCUGGGUUCUAUGGGCACCGCUGUAGCCAGUCAUGUCCACAGUGUGUCCACAGCUCUGGAUCGUGCCAUCAUGUGACUGGUCACUGUGACUGUUUGUCCGGCUUCUAUGGCUCCCUGUGCAACCAAGUGUGUUUCAGUGGCAGUUACGGUAAGGGCUGUUCUGAGAUCUGCUUGUGCACCAACAACGGGACCUGUAACCCCAUCGAUGGAUCCUGUCAGUGUUUCCCUGGUUGGAUAGGAGAAGACUGCUCUCACAACCAUCACUCACUCCCCCCUCUAUCUGCGUCUCUCACUCCCUCAUCCCUCCUCUUACUCCCCUCACCAGGUUGUCCAUUAGGGUUCUAUGGUAGAGACUGUACUGAGGUGUGUCGCUGUCAGAAUGGCGGAAACUGUGAUCACAUGACAGGACAGUGUGCCUGUCUCACCGGCUUCAUUGGGACCAGCUGUGAACAGAAGUGUCCCCCUGGUACGUUUGGUUACGGCUGCCAGCAGCUGUGUGACUGUAUGAACAACGCCACCUGUGACUAUGUGACUGGAACCUGUUACUGCAGCAUCGGAUACAAAGGCAUCCGCUGUGACCAAGCUGCUCUGAUGAUGGAGGAGUUGAACCCUUACACUAAGAUCAGUCCAGCGCGGGGAGGUUCAGAGCACCAGUCAGCUGGGGCUGUGAUGGGCAUCAUCUUCCUCCUCCUCCUCAUCAUGAUGGCUAUGCUCAGCCUGUUUGUCUGGUUCCGACAGAGACAGAAGGACAAGGGACACCACAUGCAGCCUAGUGUGGCAUACACACCUGGCCUGAGGAUAACACACACCGACUAUUCUGAGUGUGGCAGUACGGUAGCCAUGCGUCCCUCCACCCUGGAUGUGUCCCAGACUCUAACCCAGAGUGGUAGCAGCUUAUCAGGAAGCUGUAUCUCCAACCCCUCCUAUCACACCGUGUCUGUACCUCAGUAUAGCCUGGCCUCAACUAUCACCACCAACCUGGAUAGCACGUUCACUGUCGCGUCCAGCUCCCCGAAAGGAGUCAGGAAUGGAUCAGAGUGGAGAGCCUACUGCAACCUCAACCACCUGGAGCCAACUGUUAGUGUUCUACAGGGACUUAAUGGAAUGGCCACCGGUUUCUCCCAGAAUCCCUAUGACCUUCCCCGGAGCAGCCACCUACCCAGCGGCCUCAACCUCAUCCCCCGCCACUACGACAUCCUGCCCAUGAGCCACAGCCCCACAGACACCCCGCCCCCUCCCCCAGAGAGCCCCAGCUCCCUGCUCUAGAGGAAGGGACAUACCCUGGUCCCUCCAUCCAGCCCCUGACAUUGUUUCUGACAACGUUUGGCUAACAUCCAAAAUAACAUCCAGCCCUCUCCCCGUUUCCAUGCAUGAUGACAAUGUAGUAGUGAGGAUGCUAUCAGUGAUAGAGGGCAGGGGUUGGAGCUAGUUUACACCAUGAGGACUGAGGAGGACAGAGAGGGAUCGACUCCCCCUUUAAACCCUAAUGAGGAGAAAGAGAAAGAGAGAGAGAGCCCCCUCCCCUUCACCGUUACAGAGACUCACACACCAGCGACCAUUCAUCUGCUGUUUCCUCCAAGUCUGUCAGUGGGAAGACUCCAACUUUUCACUCUGGACCUCUGGAAUGGAUCCUACUAUUGAUUUUAAAGUGUACUAAGGUGACAUCAUGUUCCUAAUAUUUCCAGUAUAGACGUGUGGUCAGACAAAUGGUAUCCACAGAAGUUAGAUCAAAGUAUCCACCAAUGUGUCAGUGCUGACCUGAGCGCUCUCUCUCUCUGUGGUGUGACUGAGAGACAUGAUGACUCCUGCAGUCAUUCAGACCAGACCUGAGCGCUCUCUCUCUCUGUGGUGUGACUGAGAGACAUGAUGACUCCUACAGUCAUUCAGACCAGACCUGAGCGCUCUCUCUCUCUGUGGUGUGACUGAGAGACACGAUGACUCCUGCAGUCAUUCAGACCAGACCUGAGCGCUCUCUCUUUCUGUGGUGUGACUGAGAGACAUGAUGACUCCUACAGUCAUUCAGACCAGACCUGAGCGCUCUCUCUCUGUGGUGUGACUGAGAGACAUGAUGACUCCUACAGUCAUUCAGACCAGACCUGAGCGCUCUAUCUCUCUCUCUGUGGUGUGACUGAGAGACAUGAUGACUCCUACAGUCAUUCAGACCAGACCUGAGCGCUCUAUCUCUCUCUGUGGUGUGACUGAGAGACAUGAUGACUCCUGCAGUCAUUCAGACCAGACCUGAGCGCUCUCUCUCUCUCUCUGUGGUGUGACUGAGAGACAUGAUGACUCCUGCAGUCAUUCAGUCACCCAGGAACUCCCCAGUGACCGUACUUCUGGGUAGACAGAGAGAUUCCCAGGGAACUAGAGAUGACUAAGUACCACCUGUACAAGUAUCCCAUCCAAUAGGAUCCCAAGCCCCAAACUGAUAAAGCAUGGUUAAAUAGUAAGAUAAUAUAGUCAUGGUUUCCUGAUCGGUGAUGUAAAACUACGAUCAAUAUAAAUUAUUGACCAGACUACAGUUGUUUACUAUGUGAAAGCAUUUCUUCUUUCAAAAUCACGUGUCCGUUUACAUUUGGUGACGACUGAUUAAGAGAUAUUUUGUAUUUAUUAUAAUGUAAUGACUUAUUUAUUUAUUUAUUGUUUACACUAGUAACAAACAAAACAACAACAACAAAAGUGAGCAUGAUCAAAUGAAGAAAACCCAUGACAAUGUAAAUAAUAACAGGAUUUAUCAGGUGUGAUCUGUGUCAUGUGUGCAACGUUAUGAAAUGGUACUAGCCUGAUUUACCAGUCUGUUUUGUGCUAACAUUCUACUCCUUGUCAUGCCAAACAUGACACAGAGUAAAAGGGAGUGGAAUGUUAGCACAAAACAGGUUAUGGAUUUCAAGCUAUAACUGUGCUCUUGUCAGGAUUUGCAGUUCCCGGAUGAAAGGUAUUCCUGAAUGUGAAACUGAAACCAGGCUAAAUUCUUUACUGUAGCCUCACUAAGGAACCAAACAGAACCAAACUAAAAACAAAGGGGAGGGACCUACCUAAAUUUGUCCAAUAGAAACUCCUGAUCGAGUUCCAAUGAAACAAGAAGUAUUCUUCUCUGCUUUUUCCCCUGAAAACCGGAUGCUUCCGUUAGUUUCUGUUGGUAACCCCAUUCAAGGUGGUAAAGUGUUUUCCAUUUCGGAAAAAGGUUUUGAAAAUGUUUGCAACUGUUUGCUACUGUUUGAUGCGCUAAUGAUUACACCCCUUGGUGAGAACUUGAAGUGAAGUGAAACAGCAAUGAAAUGUAUGAAUAUGAGCCAGACUAAACAAACUAGGCCUUAAACAAUAUGAUGAUUGCAUUGGGAAUAAUGUGUAAAUGAAAAAAAUAUAUAUAUUUAGAAUUUUGUUUUGUGGUGAUAAUACUUUACUUUUAACCAAAUUUGAUAGAACCUUAUAGAUCUUUAGUUUUCAGAAGUUAUCUGAUCGGAUUUCGGGCAAUCGGAUAGAAUUAAAUGCAUAGAAAUAGAAUGAAUAGAACAGCCGUAUCAUUGACUUGAAUGGGGACGCACCACUCUAUUCGUUAUAUUUCUAUGCGUUUAACCCUAUCCGAUCAGAUAACUUUUUGAAAAACUGGGGCCUGCUUGUCCACUGUACAGUACCAGCUAAAAGGGUAGACCAGAGAUCACACACAUGGAUCAGCUAGGGAACGACAUCCACAUUCAUUUUUAAUAAAGACAAUAUUUUGCCCAAAUGUCAUAGGAUUAUAUAAAGUGAUCGUCGUUGUGGUAUAUGAUGUAUGUUAGAUAUCCAUCUGAAAGGGGAGCAGAAUUUCACACAGGAUCAUGUACUGUAUCAGGAUGAAAUGUUAAGAAACACUGGGCCCAGAUGAUGAUUCCCUUUGUAGUGUUCAACCAGGGCCCAUAGGGCUACAUAGUAGUGCACUAAAUAGGACAUAGGGAGCUAUUUGGGACUCAAAUAGACAUAAUUUUAGUAAUGGGACAGUAUGUCAUUAUCUCCAGCCAGUGUUGAUCAGUAAUAGGACAUUGUGUCAUUAUCUCCAGACAGUGUGUUGAUCAGUAAUAGGACAGUAUGUCAUUAUCUCCAGCUAGUAUGUUGAUCAGUAAUAGGACAGUAUGUCAUUAUCUCCAGCCAGUGUAUUGAUCAGUGAUAGAACAAUGUGUCAUUAUCUCCAGCUAGUAUGUUGAUCAGUAAUAGGACAGUAUGUCAUUAUCUCCCGCCACUGUGUUGAUCGGUAAUAGGACAUCGUGUCAUUAUCUCCAGCUAGUAUGUUGAUCAGUAAUAGGACAGUAUGUCAUUAUCUCCAGCUAGUAUGUUGAUCAGUAAUAGGACAGUAUGUCAUUAUCUCCAGCUAGUAUGUUGAUCAGUAAUAGAACAAUGUGUCAUUUUCUCCAGCUAGUAUGUUGAUCAGUAAUAGGACAGUAUGUCAUUAUCUUCAGCCAGUGUUGAUCAGUGAUAGGAAAUUAUGUCAUUAUCUCCAGCCAGUGUUGAUCAGUAAUAGGACAGUAUGCCAUUAUCUCCAGACAGUGUUGAUCAGUAAUAGGACAGUAUGUCAUUAUCUCCAGACAGUGUUGAUCAGUAAUAGGACAGUAUGUCAUUAUCUCCAGCUAGUAUGUUGAUCAGUAAUAGGACAUUGUGUCAUUAUCUCCAGCCAGAUGUUGAUAAUAUUGCGACUGACUUAUUCUUAAAUAGAAGCUUCACUUUACAUUGCUGUUAUCUACAUGCUACUUGAUGUUUUAGAAUAUAAAUGACUAAUUAAAAUGCUCAGAUAAUAUAUUCACCAUAGACAUGUAGCCUAGUUCCAAAAACCAUGCAAAUAACAUACUGGACAUUUUUAUUUUGGGGUAUCAGAUUGAGAUUAGACUAACAGGUUCCCAUCCAACAAUGUCAUUAUCUCCAGACAGUGUUGAUCAGUAAUAAUAAUUUUUAUUUGGGGGUAUCAGAUUGAGAUUAGACUAACAGGUUUCCAUCCAACAAUGUCAUUAUCUCCAGACAGUGUUGAUCAGUAAUAAUAAUUUUUAUUUGGGGGUAUCAGAUUGAGAUUAGACUAACAGGUUCCCAUCCAACAAUG